GAACAUUUCAGCCAAUCACUGUUGCCUGUUUUGGAAACACUUCUACACCAUCUAAACCUUCCAUUUGGUAAGAGGACAUCAAUAUGUGAGAAGACGAAUAGCUGUACCACAAUGUUCGCAAGACUGGCUGCAAUGAUUGUUCUCAGCAUGGCAACUCUUAUUCAUACUGUUGAGACUUCCCACCUGAUCAGCUUAACUCUGGUUGACAUCGGUGAUAAUAUAACAUUCGACUGCAUUGUUUCUGAGAAGGAGCUUAAAUUUGUUAACUGGUAUAAACAGGCUCUUGGACACAUAGUUGAAAUAGUGGCUACUGUGAUCCUUGGUCAAACGACAAUAACUGAAAAAUUUAAAGGCUCUCACUUUGCAAUAAAACCAGAAGGGAAUCGUUAUGAUCUCACUAUCUUCAAUAUCAGCAAAGAGGAUGAAGCAACAUAUUUCUGUCACAUUGGAACAACAUAUUCACAGAAGUUCAUCAGUGGUACUUUCCUAGCUGUGAAUGAUGAUAAACAGCAGAAAUCUCUCUACUUGAAACAACAUCCAAAGACAGAGUUGGUUCAGCAGGGAGAGACAGUAACUCUCCAGUGUUCACUUCUCUCCAAGAAUAAAGAAAAGUCCCAGUGCCCAACUAAACCCAGUAUGUACUGGUUCAGAACUGAAUCAGAACGAUUCCAUCCAGGCAUCAUUUAUACUCAGAGGAACAUCAGCGACAAAGACUUGGACAGAAGCUGUUCUUACAGUUUAUCUGUACGAGACUCCUCUGAUGCUGGAAUUUACUACAGCGCUGUGGUAGCAUGUGGAUCAAUCGUGAUUGGUGAAGGAACCAAAGUGGAGAUGAAGCAAGAAGUUGACAGACUUGUCAUUAUACUUGGAGGACUGCUGGCCUGCUGUGUUAUUAUUAUAGUCCUCCUCAUUUUCUACAUUAAACUGAAGCGAAAGUGUGGACAAUUCAAAGGUCAAAAUGGUGGUUCCAGUCUGGUAGAGGAUGGCAAAUCAAAUGUUGUUCACACAAGAAACUUGGAUGAUGAAGCAAUAGAAGUGAACUAUGCAUCAGUGCAAACCCGGGUUAGAGGGUCUAAUGAGAAGAAAAAGCUUCCUGAAGAAUGUGUUUACUCCUUUGUCAAAUCAGAUGGUCACCAAAAUCACCUCUCCUCACUUUAGUCAUUACAUCACUCUUAAUAUUUCAUGCUCUUCUUUUUGAGCAUAUUUCAAUGACAUAAUUUGUAAUGCAAAAUCAUGUUUUCUUUUUCCUUUUUCUUGUUUGUUAAUUUUGUAGUAUCAGUUUGUCGACAUAUGAAAAAAAAAACCCAGCUGUUCUAUAUCCCAUGGAUCACACUAAGUCAUUUAUCUUUGCCUAAAUCAACUAAAUUGUGCAGAAUUGUAAAUUAUGUUGACAAAUAUGUAAUAGAAUAAAGCUGAAUAAAUCAUUGCAAUAGU